ACUUUCUCCGCUCCGCCCAGCUGAAUCAAAUAUGGAUCCACAUCCUAUUCUCCUGGACACAAACUCCUAGUUCAAAACCAUAUGUUUCCACUUGCGUCGGUGACAGGUCAGGGAGGAAAGACCUCGGACCUAAGUGGACCGAUUGCCACGACUUGAAAUUGUAAACCGCAGUCACCGUUGGAACAAAACCCGUCUAUUUGUUGUUUGAACCAUGCGCCACUACGCGCCUUAUUAUCGGAAUUUUGCGUUGGUACUCUGACUCCAAAGGAUUGGCUGGACUGGUUGCAUGAGAUAACGCUGACAUAAACUACAUGCAGGUUAUUCACCAGAGCACCGUCAUCAUAAGUACUUCAAACCUUUAAGUUGAAACAUCCGUGCUUAUGUGCAAACGACAGAAUGGGAUGCUCAAGUUCUCAAACAAGUGCAAUGGAUCCGAAUCGACCGGCCGCUAAACACGAAGAGAGCAACGGAGCGAGCACCACAGGAGCAGCCAAUGAGAAGGGUCCGACGGCCGAGGACAGCGAGACCAUCCCUGACCAGACACCCGUCGGGGAGGGCGGGGCUAAACCAGACGACCCCCCAGACGACCCCCCAGCUGCGGCCCCAGCUGCGGACCAGCCUGAAGAGGGGGCCGAAGUGGUAGGAGAGGCAGCGGCCCCCACCCCGGUGGUGAGGGUGGUCUCUGGAGAGGCUUCUCCUGCAGCUCCAGCGGAGGCAGCUAGCCCCGCGGAGGCCGCUAGCUCCGCAGAGGCAGCUAGCCCCGCGGAGGCCGCUAGCUCCGCAGGGGCAGCUAGCCCAGCUGAGGAAGCUAGCCCCACAGAGGCAGCUAGCCCCGCGGAGGCUGCUAGCUCCGCGGAGGCCGCUAGCCCGGCGGAGGCCGCUAGCCCAGCUGAGGAAGCUAGCCCCACGGAGGCAGCUAGCCCCGCGGAGGCCGCUAGCUCCGCAGAGGCAGCUAGCCCCGCGGAGGCCGCUAGCUCCGCAAAGGCCGCUAGCUCCGCAAAGGCCGCUAGUCCCGCAGAGCCCUCGGAGGCAGUGGCCCCAGCAGCAGCAGCAGCAGCAGCAGCAGCAGCUCAAGGAAGUGCUGAGGCCCCGGCCGCUAGCCAAUCAGAGCCGAGUGUAGAGGAGACACCAGCACCCAGUGAGUGAAGGGCACCUAAGGUUGACGACCACAGCAAGGAAUUCCAACGAGACCGCUCCACCACGUAUUUCUGGGCAGAUGCGUGGGUGUGUGUUGUGUGAAUGUGUGUGUGAGUGGUCGGCUGUCUUAGUAAAGAGACAUUGCUUUUGUUGCCAAGAUGCGGACCCCGUGAUCAUUUCUUUCAGUCGGGGUUCUCUCCAUCACCACUGUGCCUUUUAUUUCCCUCUUCUGCUGACAGCGAUGUACUGGCAGGGUACAUAUGUACUACAGAGCUGCACGGUCACUUACUCAAACCCUGUAGUGACCGAACCCAAACGGCCGCCAUCUUGUAGCUUAGCGGACCUGACUUCUUAGUGUCUGCUUCCUGGUCAAAACCGGUCUGAACCAGUCAGACGCUAGUGCGACACAGUCUCCUCAAUAAUAAACAGCACUUACCGGUAGUAGGUUUGUUCACUUUAAGAGAAUGGAAGGACUUGGGACUUGAUUCAUGAAUUGUUACUGCAAUCUAAAUUAACUAUUGAAAAGGAGAUCUCUGUGAAGAUCAUUUGGUAACACUUUACAAUACCGUUGUGGUACUAGCCUUAAGUUAAUGAUGAACUAUUCAUAGACAAACCAUGUAUUUAUGAGCCUUUAGUAAAUGAUGAAAUAAUAAAAAUUAAACUAAUCAUUAACAAUAAUUAAUAUUCAUUUUUUGAUGAUUGAUACAUGCUAUUUUAAAAGGGACCCUAUAUUACCACCAGGUGUGAUAUUGUAAGCCGUUACACGACAUGUUAGAAUCGACCCCUCUAGUGACAUAUGGAUCCAUGGAUAGAUCAGCCUGCCAGUUGGUACAGUCACCCAGAUAGGCUGGCAGGCUGAUUUAUCCAUCACACAUCUGGGUGGACACCUUUCCUCACAUGGCCAGGAAGGGUUAAGCAACAUCACACCUGGCUCACCGUGGCAGUAGAAUUGGAACCAUAGCACUUAUUAAUCAUCUACAAAUGUAUGUUAAUGUUCUGUAAAUGAUUAGUUCAUCAUUAACUCAAGGCUUAUAAAUGACUUGUGACUGAAUGUUAUCAACAACGAAAACGCUUCCAUCUCCUCUCUCAUUCUCCAUUCCUCUGAGUGAAUAAAGCCAAAAUUGUUUAGGAUUAUACUAUAUAUAUAUUUUUUGGCAUCUGUCGCUUAUUCUAUGACCCCCCCAAAAAAGAAGCUAAACAUACAACGGACUAAUCACACUGUAUGCGUCUAUACUUAAAGGUACAUAUUAUACCACCGUGUGAGUGUGAUUAGCCGUUACAAGCUGUUUUGAAAGUCUGCCUCUUCUGACAUCACAAGUGGGUGUGUCCACCUAGAUGUAUGACGGAUAGAUGAGCCUAGUUUACUACAGUCCACUGGGUAGGCUGGUAGACUGAUCUAUCCAGCACACAUCUAGGUGGACACGCCCACUAGUGAUGUCAGAAGAGGCAGAUUUUUCAAAACAGCUUGUACCGGCUAAUCACACUCACACCUGGCGGUAGAAUAUGUCACCUUUAACUUCCAUGAGCUUAACCAAAUCCUCCUUAUUGCGCAAUAUGCAUAAAACAAAGCCACACUUUUCAUAAGGUUUGUUCAACGGCUUCUGUAGUGUGGUUUGAAGUUUGGGUCUGAGGAGGCAUCACAUGAGGCACUGCAUCUCAUCCAGGCCACCAUGAGAUAAGAGUGAGCAUUCAAAGUCACUUUUAUUUAUGAUUGUCGUGUUGUUCCGCGAGAAACGCAGUCAAAUGUCACUUUACAUGUCAUAAAUCACACCACGAAAGAGGCUGUAUCCAAAGACUCCCAAUUAAUCGCUAUAUAUUUUCUCAAAAUAAAGCGCUUUUUAAGCAGUACAAGCAAA